GGUGGGGGACCAGGCUCACAGAUCAGCGUCCCUGAGUGCCCUGUCCCCAAGGCCCCGUGCCCUGGGGCAGCCGCUGAGCCCAGUCCAGCCUGCAGUGGGCACUGGGGACAGUGGGGAUGCGGAGCCUCGUGUGCCCGAGGUGCGGCCCCAGCGGCGCUGGUCUGUCCCACAGCUCGGCCGGUGGGGCUCAGCCAGGGCUGCCCUGCGUGUCCCCCACCUCCGUGGGGCUGGCACCGGCCCCGGAGCCCCCUCAGACCCACGGCGACCGCGGGGCCUGAGCUGAGGCUGAGCCCCCAGCCCGGAGGGCUCGCCGUGGGUCCGGCACUGCCAGCCCAGCCUAGGCUGGGCACAGCCGAGCCUGGCCUGGCCGGACGAGGCUGGACAAGGCUGGGACGGAGCCUGAAGCCGCCUGUGGCCCGGCUGCGGGGCGGUUCCACCGCAGGGCCGAGCGUGGCGUCCCGGGGGAGCGGGACGAGCCCCGGCCCCGCGCCCCGCUCAGCCCCGGCCGGGGCUGCCAUUGGCUCCGGCGGGAGCGCUGACCGCCAGCCGCCUCCGAACUAUUUCCUGUUGCUGCAGCGUUAAUGCUAAACAGACCCUGCUCUCUCUUCCCUCGUUCCAGCCAAAGUGCAGCGGCUCCGCCGCCGCCGCCUUCCCGUCCCGAUGCCAAGCAUGUGCUGUCCCUGGAGCCGCUGAGAACUGCCAGGCACAGGAUGGAGAGUCGCCGGAGGGACAUGGAGCUGCUCAGCAACAGCAUGGCCGCGUACGCCCACAUCCGAGCCAACCCCGAGAGCUUCGGGCUCUACUUCGUGCUGGGCGUCUGCUUCGGGCUGGUGCUCACUCUGUGCCUGCUGGUGCUGCGCUUGUCCUGCCGGGCCUCCCCGCGGCCCCCGGCGCGCCCCGGCGACCUCAGCGAGGACGACGAGGACGAUGAGGAGGACGAGGACGAGGAGGACACCGUGGACCGUGCAGCGUCUGAGUCGCUGCUGCCGGUGACUGAGAUCCCUCUGGAGAACCACGGCCCCGGGGACGGCGCGCUGGCCGUCAACGUGUUCGCGUCGGCCGAGGAGCUGGAGCGGGCGCAGCGGCUGGAGGAGCGCGAGCGCAUCAUCCGCGAGAUCUGGCGCAACGGGCAGCCCGACAUCCUGGGCUCCGGCACCAUCGGCACCCUGGGCCGCGUCCACUACUACUGAGCCCGGCAGCGGCCCUGGCACGGUGCCUGCUCCCCCACAGCUGAUCCCACACCGUGCCAGGAGGGACCAGGAGGACAAGGGGGGCUGCUCGCUGCCUCCUGAGCUGGCGGAGCUGCCUUGGACUGUCCCUGCACCACGGAGAGCCAGACUGAGGUGUCACGGGCACACGAUGCACUUUGAGCCAUUGGUACGACGGCUGGCACCAGCCGAGCAGCCCCGGGACACGCGAGGACAGGGACAAGGACAGGGCAGCCUUUGCUGCCCGGCUCAGCCAGGAUCUGGCGAGGGUUUCACCCCGUGGGGCAGGGCUGGGCUGUACGUCCGUGUGAGCUGUGGGCUCCUGCCCCACAAACAUGGUGCUGUUGUACACGAACUCGAGCCCAGCGUGCCGGGUCCAGCGUUUUGGGGACCCUGGACACAGGGACAUUCUCGGCCCCUCCCCGAGCCAAUUCCCUUCCUGACCCCACUAAAAUUAGCCGGAUCUUUUCCGGCACCGCCCGCCGCGACCCAACGCCCUGCGGCCGGACCGAGGCGGAUGUUCCCGCUGGACUCUGAGCCCGCCGCUGCUCCCCGGGGACACGGCAGCUCCCGCCGGGCUGAGCCGCAUCCUGCCCCGCUCCCAGCCCGGCCCCGCGGGGUGCCGGGCCCCACUGCCCCCUCCCCGGCAGCUUUAUAAAAAUAGCUCCUUCCCAGGAUGGUUCCCCCCCGCCGCCAGCGCCGGCAGGGUCCAGAUGUUUUCCAGAUGUUCUCCAGUGGCUGGAGGCCAGGAUGUGCUGGGGCUGGGGCUGGGACUGGAGCUGGCCUGGGAAACUGUGCGGGGGUGGAGGAGGAGGGG